UAUCCUAAACCUCUCUACAUAUAAGACAAUGUCAGGAAUCGGUGUCUAAAUCCAAAACUUGUGAGCAAGAGAGAAAGCAUGAAUCAAGGUGACAUGUUUGCUCACAUAGGAUCCAUAGUUGCAUCCAUGAUGUUCAUUUGGGCCAUGUUCAAGCAAUUUUUCCCAUACCAACUUCGAAACCAAAUAGAGAAGCACUCCCAAAGAUUGGUGACUUUGGUGUACCCUUACAUCCAAAUCACAUUCCAUGAGUUCACUGGUGAGAGACUGAUGAGAAGUGAGGCCUAUUCUGCCAUAGAGAACUACCUGAGCUCAAAGGCAUCAACACAAGCCAAGAGACUGAAAGCUGACAUAGGGAAGAACAACCAGUGUCUUGUUCUCAGCAUGGAUGAUCAUGAAGAAGUGGCUGAUGAUUUCAAUGGUGUGAAACUUUGGUGGGCUUGUGGCAAGCACAUUUCCAAGCCAAACUCCUCAAUUUCCUUCCACCACCCCAUGUCAGAUGAGAAAAGGUACUACAAGUUAACUUUUCAUAAGAGUAAUAGAGAUGUUAUCUUAGGGACAUAUCUUAGUUUUGUGAUGAAAGAGGGUAAGGCCAUAAGGGUGAAAAACAGGCAAAGGAGGCUUUAUACCAAUAGUGGCUCUUAUUGGAGUCAUGUGGUGUUUGAGCACCCUGCAACAUUUCAAACCCUGGCUUUGGAUCCUGAGGAGAAGGAAAUGAUCAUUGAGGAUCUCAUCACAUUCAGCAAGGCAGGGGAGUUCUAUGCAAGGAUUGGAAGGGCUUGGAAAAGAGGGUACCUACUAUAUGGACCACCAGGGACUGGAAAGUCCACAAUGAUUGCUGCUAUGGCUAAUUUGCUAGGGUAUGAUUUGUAUGAUCUUGAGUUGACUGCUGUGAAGGACAACACUGAGUUGAGGAAGCUCCUUAUUGAGACAUCAAGCAAGUCUAUAAUUGUGAUUGAGGAUAUAGAUUGUUCACUUGAUUUGACUGGUCAAAGGAGGAAGAAAAAGGAAGAGAAGGAGAAUGAGAAUGAUCAAAGGCAAAAACAACAAGAAAGAGAGGCUAGAAGUAAUCAGGUAACUCUUUCUGGUCUUUUGAAUUUCAUUGAUGGGUUAUGGUCUGCCUGUGGAGGGGAAAGAUUGAUAGUUUUCACCACAAACUAUGUGGAGAAAUUGGACCCUGCAUUGGUUAGGAAAGGGAGAAUGGAUAAGCACAUAGAGUUGUCAUACUGUGGCUAUGAGGCAUUCAAGUUGUUGGCUAGCAAUUAUCUCAACAUUGAGUCACACCAUUUGUUUGCCACAAUAUGUGAACUGCUUAAGGAAACCAAGAUCACUCCAGCUGAGGUAGCAGAGCAUUUGAUGCCUAAGAAUGCUUCGGUGAAUGUAGAGUUUCACUUGAGGAGUCUGAUUCAAGCACUUGAGUUGGCUAGAGAAGAAUCCAGGCUUAAAGCUGAGGAAGAUGCAAGAAAGAGUAGUGAAGCAUCCUCCCAGCAAGAUUCUCAUGGCACUGAAAAUGAUUCACCAGACAAAGCAGCAGAAAAGUCAGCAAACCACACAUCAACUUGAUGCAAAGUAGAGUCACCAAGACAGAGAGAGUGUGAAAGGAGUGAAUCAUUGGAUAAGACAAGCACAAUAUAUACUCAUUUUGUUUUUAAUAAUCAUAGAAAAUUAGUAAGCUAACAAAUAUCUCAAGGUAUUUUUUUUCUUCCUCGAGUAUUCCAUCAAAAAUUAAUCUUAUUCAUGAUACUGUAAUUAUAAUUGACCUUAA